UGGGCACUCAAAAAUGCUAGGAGUAAAUCAGGCCUUCAGAAAGUAAUGAGCAACCGACAAGACAAGAGAAAGAGAACAACCGAAAAGGAAGAUUGGGUAGCUGAAGAGAAGGAAAGACUAGCAGAGAUCAGGAAAGCAUUCGACAUCAAUAUGAUAGUGGCUGCACUUAUAGCCGCAGUAACACUCGCGGCUGGAUUCACCGUGCCUGGUGGCUACAACCAAAGUGGCACCACAAGCCCAGUCCUAGGAAUGGCAGUUCUAUCAGAAAAACCAGCUUUUCCAGCAUUUAUGGUAUCAGAUACUAUGGCUCUUCUACUCUCUUGUGUAGCUAUAUUUCUCAACUUUUGGGGGUCAUGGAUGGAUACCGUAGAAACUAUCGAGAAAUUUGCCAUUGUCACUACACGUAUUGUUACUGCAUUCAGUACAGCGAUUUAUGUGGUGUUGGCACAAUCCUCAGCCCUUGCAAUCGCCACAUGUGUUGUGGGUGUCAUAUCUAUACCCAUUUCUUUUUUGUUGUGCUUCAGACUUGGCCAUGUAAGCCUUUGA